AUGAAGACAUUCACCACAACCCUCCUUUUUGGCCUUGCAAGCAUCGCAUUCGCCCGCACCGAUCUCGCUGGUUGCACCUCGUCGCAAACCACCAACCAGUGGCAUGAAGCCAGUAUGAUUUGGUGGGUGCCCGAGAGCGGCGAAAUUUGCGAUUUCGUUGACUGUGGUGGUGGUCGCGCUCCUCCCAAGACUACUCAACCUGGCUGCCCGCUUUACUCUGGCACGGCCACACUCACACCCAACUAUAUGCCUGGAUGGGGCCCCAACGGCAAGAUUGCCGCGUCGACUACCACAGUCGCCGAAACCACUUCUUCUUCUUCUUCUUCCAAGGCAAAGACAACCAGCGAUUCAACUGAGUCUGCGACCACUACAACAGACUCUAUGGUCACCCCUGCGCCUACUUCUUCCCCUGCUGUUUCUAUGACUACUGCGACCUCGCCAAUCUCGAAGUCUGGAAACGCCACUUCUUCCGCGGCAACCUCAACCAAGACAGGAAAUGCUGCCGGUGCAUUGUCCGCGAAUAUGGGAGGUAUUAUGGUCAUUGCUGCUGCUGUCAUGGGUGGAAUGGCGCUGUAA